AUGUCGCAAUCCAAAAAAGGAUCACCACCAUUGAAGUUGACUCUUCGUUUGAUGGAGUUGAUUUUCAAGCAACUCUUACAAGAGCGAAAUUUGAGAAUUAAUUUAUCCAUUAUUCAUGAAACCAUAGAACCUGUACGUAAGGUAUUAAAAGGUGAAAAUGAGAUUGUUUUGGUCGCAAUGGCAUAUGGUGCAGCGGUACAGACAGCUCUUCUCACAAAUCAAGCCAACAGUGAUAAAACACGAGAUUUGUUGUUAUUAGAUAUGGUACCUCUUAGCUUAGGAGUUGAGACACAAGGUGGUAUCAUGACCAUAGUUAUACAUUCUAACACAACACACCAAUCCCUACAAUCAAAAAAAAAACCAUUUACAACGGCUGAGGACAGACAAACGAUUGUGGAAUUUCCAGCAAAGUUAGAGCGUACUUUUGAUAUUAAUGCUGACGGUAUUCUAAAGGUGACAACUAAAGAUAAAGCAACUGGUCGUAAAGCAAAUAUUACUAUUUCAAAUUCUGCGGGUAGAUUAUCAACAACUGAAAUCAAACAUAUGGUUGCUGAAUCUAAGAAACUCAAAGAAGAAGAUAAACAAAGUCAAGAACGUGUUGAAGCUAAACAAGAACUUGAAAAUUAUGUUUACCAGAUUGAAAAUACGCUUAAUAAACCAAAUGUUGCUUUGGAAUUAAAACGCAACAAUAAAGUAACAAUUGAAUCUGCAUUAUCAGAAUUUAUACAUUCCCUCUCCAAAUCAUCGCCACCAUUUACCAUUUUAAAACCACAUUUGAAUUACAAACAUUUCGUAUCUUCUAAAGUUGAAAUUUCACAAAACAUAAUAAACCGUAAUUUGAAAGAUGUAAAUAUUAAUUUGGUGGUUGAUCUCUAUGAAAAAUCUUGUAGACUAACUACUGAUUUAAACUCGCUUAAAUCAAAACGUAAUGAAGUUUCAAAAUUGGCAAAAUCAUCAACUCAACAAGAACGUGAAAAUAUUUUACAACAAGGAAGAAUGAUAAAAUCACAAAUUUUAGAAAAAGAGGCAUUAUUAUCAACUUUGGAGGAGGAAUUGAUGAGAGAAGCAUUGAAAAUUCCCAAUGACACACAUUCAGAUGUGCCUAUUGGUGGCGAGGAAAAUGCUAGGAUAAUUAAAAUAUUUGAUGAGCCGCCACUACCACCAUCAUCCUCCUCCAUCAUAAAUAAUAAUGAUGUUGAUAUUGAUGUUAAUAAAAAUGGGGGUGGUAAUGAACAAUUAAAAAAAAAGAAAGAUCACAUAGAAUUGGGUAAUGAAUUGGAUAUUAUUGAUUUUGAGACAGGGUCUAAUGUUACAGGAAACCAUUGGUAUUAUUUAAAGAAUUCAGGGGUAUUGUUGGAAUUUGCUUUGAUACAAUUUGCUUUACAAAAAGCGAUUGAAAAAGGAUACAUGCCUAUUAUUACACCUGAUGUUGUAAGAAAAGAUUUUAGUUAUGCCUGUGGAUUUCAACCACGAGAAAAUGAAUCUUCACAAAACUAUUUUUUAUCAACAGGCGAAGAAAACAUUUCAACAAGUAACAAUAAUAAUAAUAGUGGUGGUAGCAGUAGUAAACAUCAAAAUCAAUUAAUGCUAGCAGCUACAGCUGAAAUACCAUUAGCAGGGAUUUAUUCCGAUAAAAUAUUAUUUUCAAAACAAUUACCAAAAAAAUUUGUAGGAUUUUGCCAUUCUUUUAGGUCAGAAUCAGGUUCAAGAGGUAAAGAAACAAAAGGAUUAUACAGGGUGCAUCAAUUUAGUAAAUUGGAAUUAUUUAUAUUUUCCAAACCUGAAGAAAGCGAGGAGAUGUUUCAGGAAAUUGUUGAUUUGCAAUCAAGUAUUUAUAAAGAUUUAGGAUUACCAUUUAGAAUCUUGGAUAUGCCAACAUUUGAACUUGGAGCUAGUGCUUAUAGGAAAUAUGAUAUAGAAACAUGGAUGCCAGGUAGAUGUAAAUGGGGAGAGGUUUCAUCAGCAUCCAAUUGCACAGAUUAUCAAUCGCGUAGGCUAAAUAUAAGAAUGAAACGUUCUAUGUUAGCGUCAACAGAAUUUGUACAUACAUUGAAUGGAACAGCAAUUGCAAUACCGAGGAUGAUUAUUUCAAUUAUUGAGAAUUUUCAAACAAAUGAUGGAAAAGUUGUUAUACCUAAAGUGUUGAGAAAAUGGAUGUAUGAUAUGGAGGUUAUUGAUAAAAAAUCUUGA